UCAUUCACCACAUUUCUUUAUAUUUAAUUAUUUUCAAUAGAAUCGUUUGUAAUGGGCAGCAGAUACCAAAAAUUGUCUACACUUGAUGAUCCACUUGAGGUUCAGCAGGCUUUAAACAGCCAUACAUCUUCCAGGCAAUCCUUAUCAGUAUCUCGCCCACAAGAAGAAGUCGCAUUAACUGCACAGUCUCAACAACGAAACGAUCUCGAGGAAUCUUUUGAUGAACAUUUUGAUGACAAUGACCACAGCGAAUCUCAACGCUUAAUUCAACCCAGCUACACACCCCAAACCACAUCUGCUCAAGUUAGUUCUUCGACCCCACAACCAAGACAACCAAGAUCGUCUAUCAACAAUCGUCCAGCAGUGUUGCCAGUGAGCAAUGAUGGAGUAUUCUCUAAUAUGGCUGCUAAACCUGAAUCUGAAAGAACCAAAGUGGAUGAGACACCGCCUGCUUACGAUGAAGCUGCGGCAGACUCAACUCCACCUUAUUGGCAAACAACCAUUAUUGCUCCGGCAGGCAUGGGUGACUAUGUAAUGGUUGAAGGCAUGCCCGUAGGAAACAUAUUAAGUUUUGUCUGGAAUUUGCUUGUCUCUGCAAGCUUCCAAUUUGUUGGUUUUAUGUUAACUUAUCUUUUACACACUUCACACGCUGCAAAGCAAGGUUCUCGGGCAGGUCUCGGCAUAUCAUUGGUCCAAACAGGCUUUUAUAUCCGGAGUCGUGGUUCAUUGAACGAAAAUCUAAAUUAUGGAGACAAUUAUGGAGAGACUCACACUGAGGAAAAUGAAGAUGAUGAAAAUGCAAAUAUCAUUGCAUAUUUCUUGAUGAUGUUGGGUUGGUUUAUCAUCGUUCGCUCCGUGGCUGAAUACGUCAGGGCACGGAAGAUGGAAAGAAUCAUCGGGGCUGAGCCCAAUGCUGAAGCCAUGGUUUAAAAAAAAUUAUAUAUAUAUAUAUAUUGUAUAUACAAUAAUUCAAUACCUCUUUUAACUCUCAAUUCUUCUCUUAUCUCCUUUUCUCCCCUUUUCUCCCCUUUUCUCCUUUCUCAGUCCAUCUCUCCACACCAUCAAAUUCUUUACUAUUAAAUUACCGUGUAAUGUCUAUGUGAUAUUUUAUUUUAUUUUAUUUUAUUUUUAAAUCGAUCCAGCACGCUCAGCAUAAAGAGCUUCUGCCCAUGCCUUAACAACAGGGUGCAUAAACUUGCCUUGGGUAGAAUCGAAGAAGGACUGAAGAUUCUUGCCAUCAGCUACAGACGACAGAGGCGCAUGAUGAGUACAUUGUGUACGAACAUCGUAUCAACUUACAUUUCUCGUACUCAAGAGCCUGCACUAUCAUCUCAAACUUGUCAAGGUCCUUAACCAACAAAGCCUCGGGUGUAAUUGCCUCUUCAUACUCAUUCCACAAUCCAGUUAUCUCUUGUGCCAUAUCUGUGUCACCGAGAAGAGUCUGGAAUCCAUCCAUAGCACUCUUCACAUUAUUAAAAACAAAAAACCCCCCCGAUUCAGUUAAUAAAUAAUCCUUUUAUUAUU